GCGCCCCCGGGCCCCGGGUCACCCUUCCCAGGAGCCGGCUGCACCAGAGGCCCAGAACAAGCUUCCUGGAACCCGUGACCCAUGAAGUCUUGUCAACAUUCACACCGUCUGAGGGUAUCAGCAAUGAAGUAGAAGAAGCAGAGUGUAGCAGGGGAUUGCGGUACCUCUUUGAGUGACUCCUUUGGCUUAUGGGACGUUGACACACCAUGUCGCGUGGGAUGAUGAUAACGCAGAGAGGAAAGAGGUCCGAGGUCACACUUGCUUGCCUCCUCUUGGCCAUGGCCGGCUGCUUCGCAGACCUGAACGAGGUCCCUCAGGUCACUGUCCAGCCUUCUUCCACCGUCCAGAAGCUCGGAGGAACCGUGAUCUUGGGCUGCGUGGUGGAGCCCCCCUGGAUGAACACCACCUGGCGCCUGAACGGGAAGGAGCUGAAUGGCUCGGAUGAUGCCCUGGGCGUCCUCAUCACCCGCGGGACCCUCGUCAUCACUGCCCUCAGCAACCACACUGUGGGACGGUACCAGUGUGUGGCCCGGAUGCCUGCAGGGGCUGUGGCCAGCGUGCCAGCCACCGUGACGCUAGCUAAUCUCCAGGACUUCAAGUUAGACGUGCAGCACGUGAUUGAAGUGGAUGAGGGGAACACGGCGGUCAUCGCCUGUCACCUUCCUGAGAGCCACCCAAAAGCCCAGGUCCGAUACAGCGUCAAACACGAGUGGCUGGAGGCCUCCAGAGAUAACUACCUGAUCAUGCCGUCGGGGAACCUGCAGAUUGUGAACGCCAGCCAGGAGGACGAGGGGAUGUACAAGUGCGCCGCCUACAACCCAGUGACCCAGGAAGUGAAAACCUCGGGCACCAGUGACAGGCUGCGCGUGCGCCGCUCCACUGCGGAGGCUGCCCGCAUCAUCUACCCGCCAGAGGCCCAGACCAUCGUCGUCACCAAAGGCCAGAGUCUCAUCCUGGAGUGUGUGGCCGGUGGGAUCCCACCCCCAAGGGUCACCUGGGCCAAGGAUGGGUCCAGUGUCGCCAGCUACAACAAGACACGUUUCCUGCUGAGCAACCUCCUCAUCGACACCACCAGUGACGAGGACUCCGGGACCUACCGCUGCAUGGCUGACAACGGGGUUGGGGAUCCCGGGGCCGCGGUCAUCCUCUACAACGUCCAAGUGUUCGAACCCCCCGAGGUCACCAUGGAGCUGUCCCAGCUGGUCAUCCCUUGGGGCCAGAGCGCCAAGCUCACCUGUGAGGUGCGAGGGAACCCCCCGCCCUCCGUGCUGUGGCUAAGGAACGCCGUGCCCCUCACCUCCAGCCAGCGCCUCCGACUGUCCCGUAGGGCCCUGCGGGUGGUCAGUGUAGGGCCCGAGGAUGAAGGCGUCUACCAGUGCAUGGCCGAGAAUGAAGUCGGGAGCGCCCACGCUGUGGUCCAGCUGAGGACCGCCAGGCCGGGCACCACCCUGAGGCCAUGGCGGGAUGCUAAGCCGGCCACUGCCACACCUCCUGUGCCCCCGCCCGGACCCGGAAGCCCUGCCCAGAUGCCGAAGGGCCACCCAGGGGCCCUGAGGCCGCCGGCGUCGGUGCAGCCAGCACCCUGGCCGUGCCUGGCAGAGCAGGGGCAGGCGGCCCCCGCCGAGGCUCCUGUCAUCCUCAGCUCGCCCCGCACCUCCAAGACUGACUCGUACGAGCUGGUGUGGCGGCCUCGGCACGAGGGCAGCGGCUGGGCACCGAUCCUCUACUAUGUGGUGAAACACCGCAAGCAGGUCGCAAACUCCUCUGACGACUGGACCAUCUCUGGCAUUCCAGCCAGCCAGCACCGCCUGACCCUCACCAGACUCGACCCUGGGAGCUUGUAUGAAGUAGAGAUGGCAGCCUACAACUGUGCAGGCGAAGGCCAGACGGCCAUGGUCACCUUCCGAACUGGACGGCGGCCCAAACCUGAAAUCGUGGCCAGCAAAGAGCAGCAGAUCCAGAGAGAUGACCCUGGAGCCAGCCCCCAGAGCAGCAGCCAGCCGGACCACGGCCGCCUGUCCCCCCCAGAAGCUCCAGACAGGCCCACUAUCUCCAUGGCCUCUGAGACCUCAGUGUAUGUGACCUGGAUUCCGCGUGGGAACGGCGGCUUCCCCAUCCAGUCCUUCCGAGUGGAGUACAAGAAGCUGAAGAAAGUGGGGGACUGGAUUCUGGCCACCAGCGCCAUCCCUCCCUCCCGGCUCUCGGUGGAGAUCACAGGCCUAGAGAAAGGCACCUCCUACAAGUUCCGAGUCCGGGCUCUGAACAUGCUGGGGGAGAGCGAGCCCAGCGCCCCCUCCCGGCCCUAUGCUGUGUCAGGCUACAGCGGCCGUGUGUACGAGAGGCCCGUGGCAGGCCCUUACAUCACCUUCACCGAUGCCGUCAACGAGACCACCAUCAUGCUCAAGUGGAUGUAUAUUCCAGCAAGUAACAACAACACCCCAAUCCAUGGCUUUUAUAUCUAUUACCGACCCACGGACAGUGACAAUGAUAGUGACUACAAGAAGGAUAUGGUGGAAGGGGAUAGAUACUGGCACUCCAUCAGCCACCUGCAGCCGGAGACCUCCUAUGACAUUAAGAUGCAGUGCUUCAACGAAGGAGGGGAGAGUGAGUUCAGCAACGUGAUGAUCUGUGAAACCAAAGCCCGGAAGUCUUCUGGUCAGCCUGGUCGACUCCCACCCCCGACUCUGGCCCCGCCACAGCUACCGCCCCAUGAAACCAUAGAGCGGCCGGUGGGCACAGGGGCCAUGGUGGCCCGCUCCAGCGACCUGCCCUACCUGAUCGUCGGGGUCGUCCUGGGCUCCAUCGUCCUCAUCAUCGUUGCCUUCAUCCCCUUCUGCUUGUGGAGGGCCUGGUCUAAGCAAAAACAUACAGCAGACCUGGGUUUUCCUCGAAGUGCCCUUCUGCCCUCCUCCUGCCAAUACACUAUGGUACCACUGGGAGGGCUCCCAGGCCACCGAGCCAAUGGGCAGCCCUACCUCAGUGGCACCAGCGGACGGGCCUGUGCCAAUGGGGUACAUGUGAACACGGCCUGCCCUGCAGCUGCCGUGGGCUACCCAGGCGUGAAGCCUCAGCAGCGCCGCCCAGGGGAGCUUCAGCAGCAGGAUGACACCGACAGCACGCUGAGGCAGACCGUUCUUGGCAGUGGACGUGACCCCCCCAGUCACCAGAUUCCCAGGGCUCCCAAGUCUAACCCGGACGAGGGCUCGCUCUUAUACACGCUGCCUGAUGACUCAGCUUGCCAGCUGCUCCAGCCUCAGCAGGACUGCCACCACCUCCAGGGGCAGCCAGCAGCCACGGGCCAGCCCGGCAUGAGGCGUGUACCCCAGGGUCCUGGGCUGGAAGCCACGUGGGACCCUCUUUCUCAGCCAGGGUCCCGGUGCUGCUUGGGCCUCGUACCGGUUGAAGAGGUGGCCAGUCCUGACUCCUGCCCUGCGGGGAGAGGAGACUGGUGUCCCCAGCACCCCGUGGGGGCCUACGUAGGGCAGGAACUUGGGAUGCGGCUCUCCGCCAGCCCACCGGGUCACAUGUCUUUUGAAAUACCACCUCCUACAAUUUAGGCAGAAGCUGAUAUCCCAGAAAGAAAGACACUAUAUAUUGUUGUUUCUUUAAAAAAGAGAGAAAAUUGGUAUUUAUUUUUCUAUAAUAGCCAUAUUUAUAUAUUUAUGCACUUGUAAAUAAAUGUAUAUGUUUUUACAAUUCUGGAGAGACAUAGGGAAUCCUCCCCACUGAGGUCUGAGGUGGGAAGCAAAGAAGCCGCAACGGAACCGGAGUCAACCGGGAAAGAGCAGCACAGACUGAGGAGGCAGGCCCGUCCCUUAGACCCUCCGCCGCUGCCUGGGCCCCUGCAGAAGGCCCACAGAGAAGCCCGUGGAAGGAGGACUCCUAGGCACACUGUCCACAGUGACUGCAAGAGAAGGGCCAGGGCCGUGCGAUCAGAGGCUGCAGCCACCCGUGACAGUGGCUGGAUCUGGUGCUAAAGGAAACGUUUUCCCAAGAUGCCCGUGAGACUAGACUAAGAUGUGUAUAGUACUGUAAGCAUUAACAAACCUUCCAGAAUCAAUAAUCUGUGGCAACAUAUCUCUGUAAAAAUAAACACUGUAAUGUCUAAAUAAAUGUUUAGUCUUCCCUGUAA